AAAGAUAAUCGCAUCACACGUUUGAUAAAUAAAACGAAUAUGGCACCAACAAAAUGGUACCAAGUGAUUGUGCUGCUGUAUUUACGUGGUUUUACUGGAGCGUUUGGGGAUGAUAUCGUAAUCCUUCCUCUCAGAUCUUACGCUUGCGAAGGAUCGGAUCCCGACUACGAUUAUUUUAUAGACGUCCGUAAUAUAAAUGACGAUGGUGUAAAAGUCUUGGAUGUAGAUGUGACUUUGGAAGACGAUUUGUCCGAAAAAUGGACGUUCAUAUUAAAUAUCGACAAAUGGAACAACGGGGAUUGGGAGGAGCACUUCUACGAUACAGAGGGAUCUAUCUGUCAAAUUAUAAAUCAGUACGUUUCCAGAGCUUGGGAAAAAUUCAGAAAGGGAAUAGUACCAGAGAUACCAGACGUUUGUCAUGCACCAGCAGACACUUACAAGCUGACUUCCUUCAAUGUAAGCCAAACUGAUUACGAUAUACCUGUUGGAAUAUUGGGGACCUACAAGGUGACUGGACGAAUUUUGAACGAAAUGGGUUCUGAACUGAUAUGCCAAGUGAUCGAAGUGGAAACUAGAAAAACUUGAAUUAUGUUGUGUUGUUGAAAUAUAUGAACUCUGAAAUUAG